UCACUUAUUCACCACAAAGAACGAAAACGCACAGAAACCACUUGAUACUUCUAGAGUCAUAUCAAGAUCCAGAUUACGAUAAACGUUCUUCUUCAAUCUUCACACAACCUUCGUGAGAAAAUCUUUAAAAUUAGGUUAAAAACACAAACAUAUGGAGACCAAAGACUUCGACACUUACAGUGAGCGCAAAGCUUUCGAUGAGACGAAAGAAGGUGUCAAAGGCCUCGUCGAUGCUCAUGUCACCGAGAUUCCUCGCAUAUUCCGUCUCCCUCAAGACUUCUUAUCCGAUAAGAAACCUUCUGUUUCCUCCUCUGAUCCCGCAAUCCCUAUCAUCGACUUUGCAGACGUCCACGUCUCGCGUGAACAUAUCGUUGAGAAGAUCAAAGACGCUGCAGGGAACUGGGGUUUUUUCCAGGUGAUCAAUCAUGACGUUCCUUUAACCGUUCUUGAAGAGAUUCAAGAAGGAGUUCGAAGGUUCUUUGAGCAAGAUCCCGAGGUUAAGAAAGCUUACUUCACUCGGGACGCCGCCAAGACAUUUGUAUACAAUAGUAACUUUGAUCUGUAUGGCUCUUCUUUAUGCGUUGGCUGGAGAGACAGCUUCGCUUGUUACAUGUCUCCUGAUCCUCCAAAUCCUGAAGAGCUCCCUGUGGUUUGCAGGGAUGCUAUGAUCGAACACACGAAGCAUAUAAAGAGCUUAGGUGUCUUGCUUUUUGAACUCUUGUCGGAAGCUCUCGGUCUGAGCUCUGAUAAGCUUAAGAGCAUGGACUGUAUGAAGGGUUUUCUUAUGAUAUGCCACUACUACCCUCCAUGUCCUCAACCUGACUUAACCAUCGGCACAAAUAACCAUUCAGACAACUCUUUCCUCACUGUUCUUCUUCAAGACCAAGUCGGUGGCCUUCAGAUUCAUCAUCAAGACCAUUGGGUCGAUGUUACACCUAUUCCCGGGGCUCUUGUUAUCAACAUAGGAGAUUUCUUGCAGCUUAUAACCAACGACAAGUUCAUAAGCGCAGAGCAUAGGGUGCUUUCAAACAGAAAUGAAACGAGGAUUUCAGUAGCGAGCUUUUUCAGCACGAGUAUGCUUCCGAAUGCAACUGUUUAUGGCCCUAUCAAAGAGCUUCUCUCUGAAAAAAACCCUCCAAAAUACAGAGAGUUUACUUUAGAAGAGUAUACAAAAGGAUACUUUAAAAAGGGCCUUGAUGGAACAUCUUAUCUGUCCAAUUUCAAGAUAUGACAAAGAAUAAUACAAAACGUCUUUACAAAAAUAGUACAAAACAUCUGGUAUGUUAUAACUUGUAAUAUAUAACCUUGUAAUAUAUUUGUUGUAACUUGUAAGAUAUUUUUGUAUUUCAUGCAUAUCUAUUUGGUCAGUCCUUGUUA